AUGGCACAACAACAGCACAGCUGGGAUGGAGGCGAGUCGGCUGCAGGUGGUGGCUACGGACACGGACACGGACACCCGCAUUCCCACGGGCAUGGUGGUGGCCACAAGACACCAACACGUGCGGCAAGCAAUCCUUUGCCCUACAAGGGUGCCACGCCCAAGUCGCCCAGAAGCUAUCAUCCGGCGCCGCCUUCGGUAUAUGCCACGCCCACACAAUCAGCUUAUGGCUAUGGCGUCUAUGAGCCGCCUCGAAGUCCCAAGAUUACAACCACCUAUGCGAAUGACAGCUGUGAUGAGGUGAGCAGCUCAACGCCCUCGUCCUACUAUCAGACCCCAACCUCGGGCUCCAUGGACGACUCCUCGUCAUCCCUGAUGAGCGGCCAUGCGACGCGUAGUCCCAAAUCGCCAUGUAAGUUUGUCUUUGAUGCCGUUAGUCCGGCCAACUGUCCGGGCAUGGAUCAGGCCGCGUUGGGCAAGAAGUUUGAGUAUUAUGAGCCCAUCUCGCCCGAUGAUGGCUCCCUGUACUAUGAGCCACCGAGUUCGCCACGUCGUCAGGGCUCCAAGAAGCUGCUGCGCUCCAAGCCGCCAAUGGAUCAGCUGCCGCAGCUGACCACAACGGGGGUGGGUGGUCAGGGGGGAAGCGGCAAGCGGCGUCGGGAUGAGUGGGAGUUGCCGGUCAUAACCAAAAUCGAUGCACGUUGUUUGAAUGCAGCUGCAGCGGCAUCUGGAGCAUCUGGUGGUUACAACAGUGGUGGCCCAACGGGAAGCUACUACGAUCUAAAGCGCGACUCGUGCUUUACGGAGUGCACCCAAGUGUCCAUGGAGUCCGGAGAGACGACACAGCAUACGACGAGCACACUGGUGACCACCACAACCACCAGCUUCAGUUAUACGGACACAGAUGCCGGUCAUGUGACCACAGAUGAGCCACACUCGCAUCGCCAGCGUCGUCAUGCCAUCAAUAUCACCUCGAAUCCCGGCUACCAAGUGCUCCAUAGCUCACAUUCCACCUUGGAUCGCACCUGCUCCGACAGUGUUGUCUCUCUGCGCUAUCGCAAGUCCACCAGUGAUCUCACCAAGGACUCGGAUCACGAGCUCAGCGGCUGCAAGCCGAUCAAGCCCAAACGAGAUGCCGUCGAGUAUAAGCCACGUCGACGUGGCAGCUCCAAAGGCGGCCUCGCCUAUCUCGCCAGUCGACGCAGCUCAAGGGAGUCCAUGAAGAGCGCCUGCUCCAAUACUUCCAUCUUCUCCAACGACGACAUCGGGCCGUUGGCCUUCCAAAGCUCCAAUCGCGGCCGACAGCGUCGCACUUCCAAUUUUCUCGAGUUGCCAGUUCCUGAUCACGUUCGACCUCGCGUCUGCUCGCUGCCGGAACGUCCAUAUAAUCCGAGGGCCAGCGAUGAUCUCUAUCGACUGCGACACUUCUCCAUCAGCAAGGGAAACGUGGUCAAUUGUGGUGACUCGAUAAUCUCACGAAGAUCACGAAGUAACACGAGUGUCAAUUCAACCAACAGCCGGGCCAGUGAGAGGUCCCCCUUUGAGGGCAGUUGCUGUGGAGCCGGCUAUGCGAACGUUGACUCUCUGCCGGCCUCGCCAGAUGAAUCGGAGAACCUGGAGCCUCCGCCUCCGGCUCGCUAUCGGGUCGUGAUGCUGGGAGAUGCGGGUGUGGGCAAAACGGCACUGGUUAAUCAGUUUAUGACGUCUGAGUAUAUGCACACCUACGAUGCAAGUCUAGUUUUAGACGAUGAGUUCGGCGAGAAGACGGUCAGCGUUCUACUGGACGAUGAGGAGUCCGAUAUGGUAUUUAUCGAUCAUCCCAGCGUUGAGAUGAGUGUGGAGAAUUCUCUGUCCACCUAUGAGCCGCACGGCUGUGUCAUUGUCUUUUCCGUUGUGGAUAAGGGCUCUUUUCGCAUUGCCGAGGAGAUUAUCAAUUAUUUGUGGCAGGAGAACUACACAAAGGACAAGGCCGUCAUUUUGGUUGGCAACAAAGCGGAUUUGGCACGAGCAAGACUUAUCACAUCACAGGAAGGCAAAACGUUGGCCGCCUCACGCGAUGCCAAAUUUAUUGAGACGUCCAGCGGCAUACAACAUAAUGUGGAUGAACUUCUCGUCGGCAUACUGAAGCAGAUGCGCCUGAAGGAGAAACGCGAAAAGAAAGCUACCUCAUCGAAGAUGAAAACUUCACGUACCCACAUAUCUCUGCAUCUGGCAAAGGAAAUUCUACAGAAAAUUUGCCUUAGCGACAUUUCCAAAUCCAAAAGCUGUGAGAAUCUUCACGUCCUUUAA